GUUUUCUGUCACCCAGCAGGCUGCGGUCUGGUAAGCAGCUGAUGACUGCAGCCACCGAGUGGCUUCGCCCCGAGCAAGUUUUACUUAAAAACACAGCAACAAAUCCUGACCAAUGGCGUUCAGGAAAGCUCUGAAACGGUCAGCCAUCCUCAGUGGCGGGGCGGCUGUUACACUUUUUGGCCUGUCACAGCUUAUUGAAUACAGGAAGAGGCAGCAUGGAUUGGUGAGGCUGACACACAUGGCGGCAGAAGCAGAGCUGAAAGCUCCCUUCGCGGAUCAUCUUCCUACUCGAGAGGCCCAGCUGACGACGCUGAAAACCACCGAGGAGUUUGAUGUCCUGGUUGUUGGAGGCGGGGCCACGGGAGCAGGAUGUGCCUUAGAUGCUGUCACACGCAACCUCAAGACUGCUCUGGUCGAGAGAAGCGAUUUCUCUUCGGGAACAAGCAGCCGCAGCACCAAACUAAUCCACGGUGGAGUCCGCUAUCUCCAGAAGGCUGUCAUGAAGUUGGAUUAUGAACAGUACGUGAUGGUGAAAGAGGCCCUCCAAGAGCGAGCCAACUUCCUGGAGAUUGCUCCUCAUCUGUCUGCCCCACUACCCAUCAUGCUUCCUGUUUACAAAUGGUGGCAGUUGCCUUACUACUGGGCAGGGAUCAAAAUGUAUGAUUUAUUAGCUGGAAUCCAGUGCCUGAAGAGCAGCUACUUCCUCACUAAGAGUAAAGCUCUGGAGCUCUUCCCCAUGCUGAAGAAGGACAAGCUGGUGGGCGCCAUCGUCUACUACGACGGGCAACACAACGAUGCUCGUACAAACCUGGCCAUCACUCUCACGGCUGCCCGCUAUGGUGCUGCUGUGGCCAAUUACACUGAGGUGGUUCACCUGCUGAAGAAGACAGACCCUUAUAAUGGCACGGAGCAGGUGUGUGGCGCCCACUGCAGGGACGUCCUCACAGGACAGGAGUUUGACAUAAGAGCCAAGUGUGUGAUCAACGCUACCGGACCAUUCACAGACUCCCUGAGGAAGAUGGACAAUCAGAAAAUCAGUGACAUCUGUCAGCCCAGCGCUGGUAUUCACAUUGUCAUCCCUGGUUACUACAGUCCUGACAACAUGGGUCUGCUGGAUCCAGCCACUAGCGAUGGGCGGGUCAUCUUCUUCUUGCCGUGGGAAAAGAUGACCAUCGCUGGGACGACUGACACGCCCACCAGUGUGACUGCCCAUCCUAUCCCAGGCGAGGAGGACAUCAACUUCAUCCUGAGGGAGGUCCGCAACUACCUCAGCUCUGAUGUAGAAGUGCGCCGGGGAGACGUGUUGGCAGCGUGGAGUGGCAUCCGCCCCCUGGUAAUAGACCCCAACUCCAAAGACACUCAGUCCAUCUGUAGGAAUCACAUUGUCAGCAUCAGUGACAGCGGACUGGUCACCAUCGCCGGUGGGAAGUGGACUACUUACAGGUCCAUGGCUGAAGAGACUCUGGACGCAGCCAUCAAAGCCCACAAACUGACAGCCAGUCCGUGUAAGACUGUGGGUCUGAUGCUGGAGGGGGCUAAAGGCUGGACCCCAACCCUCCACAUCCGACUGGUGCAGGACUACGGCCUGGAGAAUGAGGUUGCCCAGCAUCUGGCGUUGACGUACGGUGGCAAAGCAUUUGAUGUAGCCAAGAUGGCCCAUGUCACUGGACAAAGAUGGCCAAUUGUUGGGAAGCGACUGGUGUCUGAGUUUCCUUACAUCGAGAGCGAGGUAUUGUAUGCAAUCAGAGAGUAUGCUUGUACCGCCACUGACAUCAUCGCUCGUCGAACUCGACUCGGCUUCCUGAAUGUGCAGGCGGCGGACGAAGCCCUCCCGCGUAUCAUCCAGAUCAUGGGGAAAGAGCUGAACUGGAGUCAGGAGCGGAAGACGGCAGAACUGGAAGCUGCUCGGAAGUUUUUGUACUAUGAGAUGGGCUACAGAGCUCAUUCUGAGCAGUUGGCUAAAAUGUCUGAGAUUAAUCUGGAUUACCAGGAAAUAGUCAGGUACAAGAAACGCUUCCACAAGUUUGACAAAGAGAAAAAAGGGUUCAUCACCACUGUGGACGUCCAGCAAGUUUUGGAUAGCAUCAACAUCCACAUUGAUGAAAACAUGCUUCACGAAAUCCUUAAUGAGGUCGACCUCAACAAGAACGGACAGAUUGAGAUUGAUGAAUUCCUGCAGCUCAUGAGUGCGGUGAAGAAGGGACAAGUGUCAGAUAGUCGCCUCGCCAUUCUCCUGCAAAGGGCAGAAGAAACGCUGGAUGAGAGGGGGCCCGUGACAGUGGACCGCAGCGGGGGCGGACUCUAAGCCAGGCCAGUUUGUGUACAAUGACCA